AUGGGCAAGAGAACUUCUUCGGCGGUGGACACCCGCUCAGCCAAAAGGGCAAGAAACGCUGCUUCCUACAAGACGUCCGAUAGCACCACCUAUUGGCACACCAAGGCAAGUGUCGCCAGGUCCAACACUCGGACCAGGCUCGCCGUUGCGCGCAGAUCGAGUCGACGCGACAGCGACGCUUCUUCCUCAGACACCCCGCGCCGCAAUGUCGCUACCCGCUCAAUGACUUUGAGGAAGCGCACUCAAUUCCCGUUCCUUCAGCUGCCCGCCGAACUGCGCAACCAAAUCUACGAAUACAUGCUGGACUUCAAGGGCGUGGCGGGACUGCUUACGAACCACUAUAAGGCCCACGUCCACGACAACACUUCCAUCGAAUGGCCCAACCGUGACGUCCAUCCUUUGCUAUUAGUGAACAAGCAAAUGACCCGGGAGGCCGUGUACAUCCUUCACCGGAAGACGCUUUGGCUGCCGCAUUCGACGACGCCCAACAGCUUGAUCACAGACGUCGCCUCUGUGAGGCUGCUCGAGAACCUGCGCAAAGUUGAUAUCACGCGCGACGAUAGCUUCGGCGAGAUGCACACGUGGUGUGACUUUCUGGAGUUCUUCAGGCUGAUCAGGUCCGCCGUCAGCGUCUGGACCAAGUCGCACAAGCUGCAGGAGCUCACCAUCGCAAUGCAGGGUGCACAGGUCGUGACACACUUGGCCACGUGCCCCGCCCAAGGCCACUGCUACUUUCUGGAUGAGAUUGAGAAAAUGAUGUCCAGCCUUGAAGAGCUCCGUGGUAUCAAGACCGUUAAUUUCGGUGGUUUUCUGGAGGAGUAUGCGACGGAAGCCAAGAAGUGGAUGCAAACGCCGCCCGUUUAUCUCCUCAAGACCCUCGACGACAACCUGCGCAAGCGAAUCUUCCAUUAUCUCGUGGACAUCAAUGAUGCAAACGAUGCUCUCGUCAAGGCAAGCAACACGGCCGUCAAAUCGUGGAACCCACCUGCGACGAUGGAUGCGAUAGCGCCGUCCAUGACUUCCCCCAGCCUCCUCCGCGUGAACCGGAAAAUUAACGAGGAGGUUCUUGAAGCCAUGUACGACAAGACUUUCACUAUCAGUGCGCCCCCACCGCACCACGCGCACACUUGCACAAGCGUGACGAAGUUCAUCGGCCCCAAUGUCCUUCAGAACGUCCGCCAUCUAGCCCUUGAUAUCGACUCCCGAGGCUUGGCCUCCGUUGCCGCCGAUUGGCGCAUCUUGAUCAAGGAGCUUGCCGAGAAGCUGAAGGCCACCAGUGAGCGGAAGCUCCAGACGCUGCAUAUCAACAUCAAGGAUGCCGCCUGGAUCAAGGAGCAGAUCAAGGCGGAAAGAAAGGAAUCAUCGACCGGAAGAGUAUCAAAGGAGAAAGAGACCGAUUUCUAUGGUCUCAAAGCACUAAGCAAGUUGACCACGAAGAGACUGAGCAGGACCUGGCUGCACCAAAUAUCGUUUGGAGACGGUGUGAGCGACGAUGUGAAGAGGACGUUAGAGGACAGGCUGUGUGGUGGCAAGUCGAACAGGCACCCUCAUGAGACGAACUCAGCCUACGGACCCGACGUCAUGGACGUGGAUGAUUGA